AUGGCAGACCCUGCCUCGUUCUUGGUGCACGGAGAGAUGUCGCCCUGGAUACACCAAGAAACUCCAAUAGUCAAAGCCAACAAUCACAGCCUCUCCUAUGUUCUCCUCAUCUCCCUCCUGCUUUCAUUUCUCUCCUCUUUUCUCUUCAUCGGUCAGCCCCAGAAGGUGACCUGCCUUCUCCGACAAACAGUUUUCAGCAUCAUCUUCUCCAUUGCCAUCUCUUCUGUGUUGGCCAAGACUGUCACUGUGGUGGUGGCCUUCAUGGCCUCACAGCCAGGCAGCAGGAUGAGGAAAUGGCUGCGGAAGAGCUUGGCCAACUCCAUUAUCUUUUCCUGUUCCGGUAUUCAAGUGGGCAUCUGCACUCUCUGGCUGGGCAUCUCUCCCCCCUUCCCAGAGGCUGACAUGCACUCCCAGUCUGGACAGAUCGUCCUGCAAUGUAACGAAGGGUCUGUCACCAUGUUUUAUGCUGCCCUCGGCUACAUGGGCUUCCUGGCCACCGUCUCCUUCAUGGUGGCUUUCCUAGCCAGGAAGCUGCCUGGGGCGUUCAAUGAAGCCAAGCUGAUCACCUUCAGCAUGUUGCCCCAGAAGCUGACCUGCCUUCUCCGACAAACAGUCUUAAGCAUCAUCUUCUCCGUUGCCGUCUCUUCUGUGUUGGCCAAGACUGUCACUGUGGUGGUGGCCUUCAUGGCCUCACAGCCAGGCAGCAGGAUGAGGAAAUGGCUGGGGAAGAGCAUGGCCAACUCCAUUGUCUUUUCCUGCUCCGGUGUUCAAGUGGGCAUCUGCACUCUCUGGCUGGGCAUCUCUCCCCCCUUCCCAGAGGCUGACAUGCACUCCCAGCCUGGACAGAUCGUCCUGCAAUGUAAUGCUAGCUUAGCCAAGUACAGCGUCUUGGCUUCCGAAGGCAAAGUGCCCCGUCAAUAUGAUAACUGA